UGUUUCAUUCAGCCAUCAGGACACUUAACACCACUUAAACCAGACGACAUGGACACAGACGGAGUAGUGUCAGUUGCAGUUGGACCCCCGCCUAUAAGACCUAAAUUCGACAGAAGCAAAGCAAUACGCAACAAAAACAUAAUUAAAAACAAUAAUACCCUCAGCACAAGAGCACCAAAUAAUAAUGUUGUCAACUUUGUAAAGGAUAUACUCACACAACUGGGAAGAGAGUUCCUGACACAUCAAGUAAAUGAAGACUUCGUAUUUGGACAAUACGUCGGCAAUUCCAUGAAGAAUUUAACAAGUGAUUUAAAAAUUAGAAUGCAACAUGACAUUUUAGAUAUAAUAGUUAAGUAUCAGAGACUCAAGCACGGUGAUGUAACUAAAGAAGACACCAAGACAAAAGAAGAUGAUAAAAAUAAAGGUGUGACAUAUGAUAAAACGGAGAAAAAAUCGAUUAAUCACGAAACAGAAGAGCCUUGGCCGGAUUUUUCGAAUUUAGCAAAAAUAGUGGGUUAG